AUAGUUUAUUAAUAUACAUUGGUACUGAAUAAUUUCUCUUGGAACAAUUUCUGGUUUUCAGUGAUUUUAUUUUUGCCCAGCAUCCAUUCAUCCAUCAUUUUUUAUAUUAUACAAUUUUGAAGAUUUUUUUUUUCCAGCUUGGUAUGACUUAUUGAGUAGUUAUGUUUUGAUACAGUCCUCAAGGUUUUAGGUUCAAAAAGAAAAACUAUUUUGGAGGAUCUUGCAGACUAAAGAAGGAAAACAGUUGUGCAGAAGUUGCAGGAAUGUUAAGUACAUGUUGUUGGAACAGUUGCCAUCCUUCUAAAGUGUGCUUUAAAUUUGCCUUCCCUUUGUCUGGCUUUUCCCUUUAAAUCAUGCUGAGGCCUGGCCUGCUUACCUGGUUUUCAGGUAAAGUUUUGAUGAGUUGUUUCCUGGUUUCUUAGACAAAGAAAUGCUGUUCUCUGUUUAUCAGGUAGGGCUUAUAUUGUGUUUAACUAAAAUAUUCAGACUGUCUCCCAAGAGAGGGAUAAAGCGGAGCCUGAAUUGAUCCUGUGCCAGAUCAAUUUAGCCUCUAGUGGCUGCAUUGCAUUCAUAGCAGACAGAUGCUUAUUUUAUUGUUGAAAUGUGAAUCUUAAGAAGGGCAAAAAGCAGAUUUGCAGUAGCUUCAUAAUCCGUAGCUUCAUUGAAAAUAUAUUUAAAGUAGGAAGAUAACAUCUGGCUUUUUUUUAAUGGAAAUUUUGGGGUUUUUUUUAAAUGAGGAUUAGGAACAAUGAUAAAAAUGAUUCAUCCACAAAAUGCAUCCAUUAACAUUUGGCCUAUUGGAGAAUUUGAGUAUUGAGGCUCACUUGCCCUAGUACUGUUACAGUUAGCAUUAGCAUUUGUUUAGCUAAUAUAUACAAUUCAGUGACAAAAUCUAUGCCCAGAAGGUUUACCUGUUCAUUAAAGUGCACUGUCCUUAUGUGCAUAUAAACUCUGCAUUAGUUUUUACCUGUUUGUUGUAUAUAUGGUUGCCUCUGUUAUACUUUAUCUUAUAUCUGCCUCGUUGUGCACAAUUAUGUGGAAAAAUGGGAUAUGCAGUUCGAAGAAUAGUAAGACCCUAGACAUGUGGCAGGAUACUGCACACCCAAAGUGACCAUGCAAGUUUGGAUCUGAACAGGUUACAGGCCAGUCUGGUGAAUGCAUGCAGUUUGGGUAGGGAGAUAAGAACUGACACUAUGCAUCUCUCUCUAUAUGUAUGCGCGCGCACGUGCGUUCGUUCAUUAUGUCUGAGUUCUUUUAAGUGCUUUGAAUAAUUGAAAAAGGAUUGGUGACUACUUCAUAAGCAAGAGGGGAGGAAAAUGUUAUCACUUAUUUUGCUUUCCCAGGUGUUUAGACCAGAUACAGAUGUGAGAUGAAGUUCUCCUUACACUUGGCCAGAUGCAACCACCACACAGCAGCGCAGUUGGGUGUAGUAUAUAGAAUACAGGGAUGUCAGAAGCUGUCUUGUACAUUGGUCUGCUUACCCCUGCAUUGUCUGUACAGACUGGCAGUGGCUCUUCCAAGAUUUUUAGACAAAGCACACAGCUUCUGCAUGCAAAGCGCAUGCUGUAUUACCGAGCAUGGCCUUUCUCUAAAGGCUUCUUAAUAUUUAGGAAUAUACCUUUUUUGCCAGCUUUCAGUCAUUGUAUAUAACCAUAGACUGUGCAUAAUCUUCAAGUGCUAGUAUUUCUAAUACUGUUCAGUGCCAAAGCAGUGAAAUCAUUUUAAUUUUAGUAAGAUAUGCAGACUGGCGUUUGGAAUGUCAAGGUACAAUAAACAAAGCGGUUUUAUUAGACUCUCCUCAUGACCACAGUUUUAUUUUCAGCAUGGUGGGCUGCAACUGCAGUUAUCUGCCCUGGACACUUCCACUGUAGCAUCUAAUUUGGCUUUCUGCCUGGCAGAUCCAGUCUCUUGGCAAGUGUGUUGUGGUGGAGAUUAGUGGCUUAUAAUGCCUGCCUGCUCUCAGCUGAGACUGUUAUUAGUAGCCAAACUGGCACCUGCAAAAGUGCAAGCUUUGAAUUAUGGGUGAUAAUUUCCCCCCUUCUUUCCACUUGAUCCACCAGAUGACUGAGACAUAAACAAUGUACACUCCAUUCAUCUGAAUAGAAUAAAUGCCCUAGCCAUAAUGUCUAUCCUUUGUGCUAAAUAUAAAAUGACAUUCAGUGAUGCAGGGGUAAAUUUUGAAGUGUAGGUGUUUAUGAGUGUUUGUAUGUGAAUGCCUGUGUGUGAGUCCACUGAAGAGGAUCAGUACUUAGCAGAGUACCCUGUUGAUUAGGAUCAGCAUGAUUGCAACCCUGUGCAUAGUCGCCUGGAAGUUGUUGGCUCUGGCUUUUUAGGUUCAGUUUGUAAAAUAUGGUGAGCUUCAACAAAAGAUCUUCAUCAACCUGAAAUGCAACUUUCAACUUUUAAUUAGAAAUAUAAGCCAUACUGCAAAGAAGUUUUGCCUUUUAAACUGCUGGUAUACAGGAGGACCCCUAUCAAGGAAAAAGCAAGCCAUAAUCAGCUUCUGCUUGAUAAUGCCCUAUAUUUGCUGAUUUCCUUUAAUAUAUUGUGAUAUUGCUAAAUAUUGCUACAUCACAAACAAUAAAAUUUGAAGGCUGCAUUAUCACGUAAUUCAUUUAUUAGAUCAAGGAUGACAUUUGGUGUUUUUCCAGUUAUCACCACCACUUUGAAGAAAGUCCUAAAGCUGCACUUCCUGUAUUAUCUCUCUAGCAUGCGACUGCCCAGGUUGAUUGAAGCUGCAGUAACAGGAGAUUGACCCAGAACAACUCAGUUGUCCUAGGUGUGGUAUAACAUGAGUUUCUCCUUUGAUGAUUCUUCAUUUCUACCAUUCUCUUAAUGGAUUCAGAUCAUACUUCGGAUGUCUUGAAGAAGCAGCUGGAUUUCCCAAUAUGUACAAAACGGGGGAAAUACAAGUUGACAGCAUUCUGCUUUUCAUAGGGAAUAUGCAGCUUUGAGUUGGUUGCUGAAUGAAAGCUGCAAUUAGAAACUUACUGGAAAUAACACCUUUCAUCAACUCCAGCAGAAGAGAAGAAUUAUAUGACUAACCAGAAAUUGCUUUAGGUUUUGCUGAACAGCUCCUUGCUUCUGAAAGAAGGUGAAGCACAGUAAACAGUUAAGACUAUUCAUCUUGCCACCUGAGCCCGGAACGAGUCUUCAUUUUGACCAGUUGGCAACAAACUGGGAUCUUCACAGCUGGCUAUAACAUGGCUACCAACCUUUUGCUAUUCAGCUACAAAAGAAAACUCAGGACUCUGAACUCCUGCUCUGAAUCCCCCUAAGGAGAAUGCUGUUGGCUGGGGCAACCCUUGGAUGAUGAGGUGCAUGGGUGGCCUGGCUCAGAGGGCCUGGCUCAACAUGGUGUUCCAGAAUCGCAAAGCCCAGCUUUUGCUGAUCAACUCCCUAACUUUUGGCUUGGAAGUCUGCCUUGCUGCAGGUGUCACAUACGUGCCGCCCCUUUUGUUGGAAGUAGGAGUGGAAGAGAAGUUUAUGACAAUGGUUCUGGGGAUUGGGCCAGUUCUGGGCCUAGUGUUUGUACCACUCCUUGGCUCUGCCAGCGACCACUGGCAUAGUAGCUAUGGCCGGCGAAGGCCCUUCAUCUGGGUCCUGUGCCUAGGCGUUCUUCUGAGCCUUCUGAUCAUUCCACAUUCUCACCGUCUGGCCAGACUUGUUGCCUUGGACGCCCGUGCCCUGGAGCUGGCCUUCCUUAUCCUGGGGGUUGGCCUCCUUGACUUCUGUGGCCAGGUCUGCUUCACCCCUUUGGAGGCCCUUCUCUCUGACCUGUUCCAGGAGCCUGACAGCUGCCGACAGGCCUUCUCUGUGUACUCUUUCAUGGUUAGCCUGGGAGGCUGUGUUGGGUACUUGCUCCCAGCUAUUGACUGGGACAGUAGUUUCCUUGCUCCUUACUUAGGGGAUCAGGAGGAAUGCCUCUUCAGCCUCCUCACUAUCAUCUUCCUUGGAUGUGUCUUAGCAACUGUCUUUGUGACAGAGGAGGUAUCCGCUCAGGUAGAGCUCAACUCAGGCCCUACAGGGAAGUGUUCUUCCAAGUCCCCGUCACUUGGCUGCUGUUCUUUCUGGCUUCCAAAGAACUUUUUGAGGGCCAGGCAUCUGGUCCAGGCCUUUAAGAAUCUUUGUGCCUUGGCCCCACGCAUACAUGGAGUGUGCUGUCGUAUUCCCAAGGUAAUCCGAAAGCUUUUUGUGGCGGAACUCUGCAGCUGGAUGGCCCUCAUGACGUUCAUGCUGUUCUACACAGACUUUGUUGGGGAAGGACUAUACCAGGGGGUUCCCAGGGCCAAGCCUGGGACGGAGGCCAGGAGAAACUAUGAUGAAGGAAUUCGGAUGGGUAGCCUGGGCCUCUUUCUCCAGUGCAUCAUCUCCAUUUUCUUCUCAACAAUCAUGGAUCGGAUGGUGAAACAGUUUGGGACACGAAUGGUCUACUUAGCUAGCGUGGCCUUAUUUCCAUUGACAGCCUUCAUCAUGUGCUUCUCUCAAAGUGUUGUCAUUGUCACUGUUUCUGCUGCCUUGACUGGCUUUCCCUUCUCAGUGCUUCAGAUCCUUCCAUACACACUUGCAUCGCUUUAUCAUCACGAAAAACAGAUAUAUUUGCCUAAAUAUAAAAGUAAAGAGGAUGCAGCUCAAUCAGAAAAGAAACUUGGUUUCCUCAAAAACCACCUUUCUACUCAGAAGUUGGCCUACCAGAAUGGACAUGGUGGAAGCCUGUACUCUCCCCCUGUUGCUGGCUCUUCUCUCUGUGUCAGCUCACCAUGUGAAGUCUCACUCAUGAUGAUGGUGGGAGAUUCAGACACUGCAACUGCAAGCCGAGGCAUCUGUUCCGAUCUGGCCAUCUUGGACAGUGCUUUUCUUCUUUCCCAGGUUAUCCCAUCCCUUCUUAUGGGUUCGCUGGUUCAAUUCACACAGUCUGUCACCACUUACAUGGCAUCUGCUACUGGCUUUGGGUUGGUAGCCAUUUACUUUGCAACCAAAGUUAUUUUUGACAAAAGUGAUAUGGCCAAGUAUUCAGUAUAGAAGGAGAAAGCAAGAGAUAAAAUUUAUGUACAUUAAAACACAUAAUAGAGAAGAGUCAGGAGUGCACAUAUAGUCUCUUCUGCUUCUCUGAUUGUUACAAUGUGAUGUGCAAAAUAUCUGGCUGAAGGAAAAUAACUGGGUUGAUCUCAGGGUGUCUUAAUAAAAAGUGUGGUAUUGGGCUGUCUCCGAUGCCUUCAGUAAAAAUCUCUGCGCACAAGCCUAUGAAUCAGGCUCACAAGAGCCAUUCUAACAGGGUGCUACUAUAAUCACUUCCUCAAGUUGUUGGUGGAGGAUGACAUAGUGCAGAAGGGACCAAAGAUAGCUCAGAGAUGCAAUGAACCUCAUUUCUUACUUUCUGUAUUGAAACAUUGUUGGUCAACUUUUGUAUUGAGUCCUCAUAACUUGCUGUGAGCCAGAAAAUAUAUGGGAAGGAAAAUGUGACAUGGUGUAUCAAUGUUUUUGAAAAGAUGUAAGAAUAAUACACUCCCUUCAUCUUUCUGGAUGUGCUGCAGGUCAAGAUCUAGGUGAUUUAAAUAAUAUGAGCACAGCUACAUAGGAGGGAGCUUGUUUAGCAGAAGAUGCUGUGGUUACACUGGCAGCAACUCUACUGCGGCAUGACGGAAAUGAAAACCUUAGCUGUCAGCUGAUCCUUUUCCCCACAUCUGCCCAAAACAGAGCUUGCAGUUAGUGCAAAUAGAAAUACUUGCAUAAACGGAGGCUGAAGAACAUGCCUCUCUGGGGACUUGCCUUUAAGGGACUGACUGGCCAAAACAAAUUACAGUGCCUUCCACUGUGUGCAGUCCUAAAAAGAAGGCUUAGACUAAAAACGGGUGUCUGCUGCUAUUUCUGCUAAUGAGAUGUGGUGGUCACUCACAUUUCUGUGGAAGGGCUUUAUAGAAAAGGAACUAUGUUCCUAUAUAGCACAAGGCAGGCUCCAAACUGAGUUUUCCACUGUGUAAUCCAUACUUUCUGCCGCCCAGGUAGAGCAGAGGCAUUUCUCAGGACAGAAAAGCAUUACAAGCCAAACUGCACUCUUUUUUAAUCCACCCCCCAACUUUUUUUAAUAAGCCAUAUAGCUUGCAUUGAUUCAGUCAGCAGCAGGCAGACAGCUUUUCCUGACCAGGAGUAACACAUAUACAACAAGAAUUCAGAAUGCAUAGAACAGUGGGACCAGAAGGUCAAGAUCAACUCUCUUUCCCCAAGGUAGGAUCCUCUUUCCAUGGGGUUGCACAAAUUGAAAUUGAGAAGACUGUACUUGUAAUUAGAACAAUUAGUAGAUUAGAUCUGACAGUAGUACUAAGUAAAUAGUGAUUGCCAGGAAGCAUUAGGAUUCUAGAAUUUGGGAUGGGAAAGAGGUAGUUUUUUGUCUGUCUUCUAUACCGUCAAGAAAAAUGGUGUCACCAAAGUUGCAGGUUGCAUUUCAAGCAAAGCUUCCAUUGAUGGUCUCUUCUUAGAAUGUAGAUAACUAUUGUAACGAGAUUAUUUUUCUGGGUUGAGGGUUUGGGUUUGGGUUAUCAAAGAGAGAGAAAGAAUGAAUACCUUUUCCCACUCCCGAAGUCUCAGAAUUGUGGAGCUUCCUCAGAUGGCUGUUUCAUAUUGUAUCUGUUGAAGCCCUCAGUUUGAUAUAAACAUCAGUUGGUCAUUUCUAACUUGGCCCUUUUUGCAUUUUGACCUAUGAGGUAAUUGUUGAGACAGUCAUAUAGGCCCUGAAGCCUACUUAAUCCAUGCUCUUUGGUCAGCCUUAGUGUGCUGCAGUCUUGCCAAAUUAUUGUGUUAACCAGACUGUAGUUUGUCACAAGAAUCCAUUAAGAAACUGCUAGAUGAACUGUGCCAAAGGCCCCUGUAGGAAAAGUAUUUUUAUUCAAAGGGAUGAAUCCUGCAAGUGUUCAAUAUCUUUAGCAGUUUUAACUAAUGCAAAUGCUUAGCCUGAAGAAGCUGGUCAGUUAAAUCCUGUGAAAGACAACAUUUAUCCACAAAGUCCUCUGCUAUAGGCUCACACUAACUGGAUAUCUAGUGAAUGCAGUCAUCUUUGUUAUGUUAGAGGGAGGGAACUGAUGUGGAUGAGGAACAGACUUAACUCCUCUGGUAAUUCUUGAAAUUUAAUUAAUUCUUGCAAUUUAAUUUAUUCUGAGUGGAAGGAGUAAAGUUGUAAAACAAAAAUAGGGGCAAAAUGCUGUAGGAGGAAAAAAGAUUGGAGAGCUAUCUUUCAGAACUAGAAUAGGAGAAGAUGUAAAUUGAAGAGGAAAAGUAAAAAGCAAAACUGAAUACAUUGCUAUUACAUUGGCAAUCUGAUAUUCUUCAGAUGUGUUGGAUUAUAACUCAGCAUUCCCAUCCAUCAAGCAGAUUGCAGGUGAAGGAGACUAUUGUCCAACCAUGUGUUUUUUUCUGAUGCCAUAAGUAGAGGGCUAUUGAAAAAACACAGUAUUUGAUAUGUGUUCCUAACAUGGUUUCAUGCUUUAAAUGAUGGCAGACAUUGUACUAGUCAUCAGUGUCACCUCCUUGCAUGAUCAGAUAGCAAUAGCUCAUCCUGGAUUAUUGUCACUGAGAGCCCUUUAGUGCUACUGAGGUAUUGCUUAAACAGUUGACCAAUAUAAGCAUUUGUAUAUUAUAUGAUGGUCCUUCCAUAACAUUUACUCACAUUAGCAAAGGUCUUUCCCAAGUAAGUAUGUGCUUCAGACCCAGUUUAUGGUUCCAUGAGGCAAAUGGAUUGUUUUCCAACAAAUGUAAUAUAUUUCUGUCUAAAAAUUUAAAUCAGAAUUUAAAGAAGUCUAAUUUCAUUAUCUUUGCCUCAACUUCUCUGAGAAUAUGCAAACUAUAGCCUUUCAAAAGGAGAUACUUCAGCUUUUCUUAACCUGACACCUUUCAGAUGUUUUGGGAUGGCAAAAAUUCUGGGCAGUUUCAUCCUAUCUCGUCUAAAUAACAAAAAAAUAUUUCAUAGAUAGGAAGUGUCAGUGUCCUGAAUCUGAUUUGGGAAGACUCAAAUAGACAUUUUUCCAGAGCAGUGAAUCUAGUGAUUGGUAUUAAAGAUUCUGCCCAUUUUCACUGAACCUUUUUGCUCCUUAAAAGGCAUCCAGGUGCCCAAAUUCCUGUCUUGGUAGGAAUGCCCUUUGUUUAUUAGUUUCCUUACAUGGGGUUCUUUUCUUCUUCAUAGCCUAAGAGCGCUACUGGACCAAUUAAGAGAGGCUGUAGAAGGGAGUAAUAAAAGAAAAUUCAUCACUAAUUCCCACUAGAGAAAGCAAUAACCUAAAGGAAAUUUUAGUUAAAAGACACAGGAGAGCUUGCAAAGCCUCAGUAGCAUUUUGUUUGUCUACAUUGUUCCGGGCUGAUUGAUAACUGCAGUAUCAUUUAUUGCUGUAAAUUGGGUCUGGAGAAAGAAAACAAAAAUGAGAAAAUUAGAUUUAUUUUAAAUUAGAAAAAUAAUAAAUUUGAAUUUGAAUCUGAAUUCAAGGAGAGAGACAAAGACAGAAAGAAAGAUUCUUUCAGAUAGAGAAAGGGGCUUAUGUGGAAACAGCCCAGAUUUUGGGCUGGAGAAAAUUUUAGUCACUUGGAAAUCAGUUAUAUUGGUCUUUAUAUUAUGAGAACCCUCACUGUAGGCCAGGAACCUCUAUGCCAAAGAGGGACAUUAGCUGUUCCCAGAAUCCUUCUGCAACAUCUAAGGCGGCCAGAAAUCUGGCCAGGAAGAUCCGGAAUCUGGCCAUUCCCCAGUGGGUUUUUUUCUUGUCCCCCAUACUAUGUAGCAAAAGAUCACAGCUCUCCAAGAAAACUCAGCCCUUCAACAGCAAAACUCCAGCUUCAAAAGGUGGUAUGGCUCUCACUAGAUCUGCGGUGGUAGGCAGUCUCAAGUACAAAAUAUGUAUAGCCAGUUUUAUAGCCAACCAUGCUGAUAUCAGGGAUGACGGUGUCUUUUUUAAUAUGGGUCUCUGAAAGUGAUACGCCAUUUGAGUUUUUGUCUGUGCUAUAGGCUCCUUGUAGUCUUUCCAGUUCAGGUUAGAUUCACAUGCUUGGCUUAGCCUGAAGUGUUAGGAUGGGAAGGGAGAGAGAAUAUGGAAGUACAACACAAUUAGAGGGGUCUAGCUUGGGGAAGUUGAUGUAGGAACUAGCUGAGUGGCUGAAAAUAUAUUGGCAGAGAUGCCUGCACAAAAAGCUUGACAAACCAUCCAAACCAUCUUUUCAUACAAAACCAAUCCCUAAAAAUAUAAAUUGGGUUCAUUCAUCGCAUUUAGUCAUGGUGGUUUGACCAUAAUUUACCGGAUAAGGCGCAACUAGUUGUGUUCACAGAAACAAUAAGCCAUAAACUAUGAGUUAGCAGUUUUCAUUACUGAGUAAUAAAAUAUGCCAAAACAAAAUCUAAUCACAUUACAGUUUGAACUUCAGCAUUAACCCAUUCUUGUUUUUGCAUUUUGAACAAAUUAUCCAGGGAUAUGAACUAGUGGAACUGUCACUAUGAAUAUACUGGACAGAUAGUUGUGGGUUUUAUAAUAAUCUAUGUCCAUCUUGGCUGUCCUAUGAUUAAAUCUGUUCCAUUAUGUGGCAGAAUUGCUGCACAGUUGGAAUUAUGAAACAUAAAUGUGAUAAGAUUGUUCUUGCUAACAUUUGGUGGAUUAAUGUUGGAUGAAAGAAGAUAAAUUCAUGAACCAUAUCAGUUCUGUGUAAUUCUGUCCCAUGAUACCGCAUUAUCUUCAGCUUCUAUCCAAAAUACUCAUGUACCAGCAACCAACCUGGUUUAAAUCAAUAUGGUUAUCAGAAACUUUCUUUUUACUUUUGAGAUGGGCUAACAAAGAAUCCACUAGGUAAUGGAUUCACACACUUCCAUUAUUGUUAUGUGCCCAUCACUGAUAGGUCCUGAAUAUUCACAAACUUUGUUUGUAUUGGAACUCUGUUAGGGGAGAGGCACAGGUGUCUGUGGGGCAGCAAGGUGGAUGAAUAAUGAUGCAUGAUGAUGGAAUCACACAAAACCUGCAACUUACAUACUUGUGUUAGAUGUCCUGGCACAAGUAUGUAUCCAUAGUGUUUUCAUGAUUGCCUCAUUGCACAUGAACUGUCAUUUUGGCAUCACUGCAGCUUGCUUUGGAUGUUAAUUAUUUCUCCUUUGUUAAUGGUAUGUUUGUCCAUCUUUAUCUUUCCCACACAGCUUUAUUUAAAGGGAACUUUUUGAACCAAGUUUUGGCCAGUGAUUAAAUGGUACCCCGUGCUAUAUCAUCCCCACUAAAAAAAACUCUAUGGAAUUUGUAUGUUUAUUUAUUUAUGAAAGUAAAUAUUUUGUACAGUUUGUGCAGGAGAUAUUAAAGUCUAUUAAGGAAUGGAAA